UCGGCGACGUGCAGUCAACGGCGCGUUCUUCGGUCGAAACGCCGAGUUUUCUGCCGAGUCUCAUCGGCCACCGGGUUCGCGAUCCGGGCCUCGUUUACACGAUACACCAUUCCUUAGAAAACAUCCUCAGGCUCGCAUUCUUCGUCAUUUCAGCUCGCCUCGACGUCAGCGACUGUAUCGCACAUGGCGCGAACAAACGUGAGAAGGCGGCACUCGGAUUUGCCGCAUUUCGAGUCUGUCGCUAGGAUUUCGAGCCUUCCCAUCGUGGAGAGCGGUAUACACAUCGCCGGCAAUGUGUACAGAAAAAUAAAGCGUUCCAAUUCAUUGAUGAACUGGAGUUUGGAUACGGCCGAGCAGUCAUUAGCGAUUGCAACGGCGACGGCAAAACCGGCAAUCUUCGCGCUCCAUGGGCCCAUUACGACAAUCGAUCAGCUGUUGUGCAAAGGUAUCGAUAUCGUCGAGCAGAGAGUGCCGGUGGUGCACCUUCCUCCUCAUCUCAUGUAUUUGAACACACGAGACUAUGUAAAUAACAAAUUUGUGAGGCCGGUUCUGCUGCGUGCCGGAAGUGUUAAACAAAUUGGCAGUCAAGCUGCCAAUGCCGCCGCGGAUAGAUUGGACGAUGCGUUGACAGUUGCGGACAAGUACGUGGAUCAUUAUUUGCCGGCAGAUCCAUCUGACAAAGUCGUAAAUGAGGUCAAUCCCAGUGAACCCGUGAGCAAAACGACACGCGCGAUCAAGCAUGGCGCAAGAUUCUCGCGAAAGCUGCAAAAGAGAUUGACACGGCGCACUUUGGCCGAGGCGCGCGCGCUUAAAGAGCAAGGAACGGAGUGCAUCCACGUCCUUUUGUACGUGGUAGAAUUGAUAGCGACAGACCCGAAACUCGCGCUGGAGAAGGCUAAGGCGUUGUGGGCUACGUUGAGUGAACCCGAGCCGGAAAAUCAGGCACGUCCGGCCACACUCGAGCAGCUGCUGGUGCUCCUGACACGCGAGUCCGCGCGGCGCCUGGUCCAUCUGGUGAACGGCACAGCAUCAUUGGCGGCCAGGACCCCGCGUCGCUUAGGUCACCUCCUUACCCGGCUCUCUCAUCAAUUGCUCGCCAUCGCGGACGCCUCAUUGAAGAUGACACCGCUGAUUGGUAAAAGCACAAAUGCGGCGAACGAACAAGUAUCCGUCAUACGAGAUGCCAUUGAGAGGCUGAGUGCAAUGACAAAUCUACUAUUGGAAAAAUUCGCCGCAUUUCUUGCUGGCCGUUCCAGCCACCAAAAGGCAACGUGCGCGCAAAACUGCCAGCAGAACCACAACAACCACAUGUCGGUGAUCUCCAGCCCCCCAAUAAACGACAGACCUGCUUUGCUCGGUUAUCAUUGGCUCAUUCAAACCGCGUUCACUGCGCAGGCCAUUCUCCACUUUAUAAGUUCAUCGUGCGUAACGGAAGGGAGCAUUCGUGCCGCUGUGUCAGACGCGUUCGAGAAUCCAUCAAACCUUAUUUCACACUCCGUGAUACAACAACACGAAACCAUGACGGCUGAAGUGGUGCAACUUCCCCAUCUGAAGGUCUUCGAUCGCGUGCUGGGAUUACCCGUCGUUGAAUUGGCAAUCGCCAAGUCUGCGGAGACCUACUCCAGGGUGAAAGACUCAUAUCAGCUGGUGCAUUGGGCACUCGCCACCGCUGAGACGUCCGUGAGCAUCGCGACGAAACAAGCAGUGCCCAUCGCAGCGCCUAUCGUGAAAAAAUUCGAGACCCCUCUGUCUUUCGUCGAUCGUACAUUGUGUUUUGGCCUCGACAAGAUCGAAGAGAAAGUGCCGCUGGUUAAAGAAACACCCGCACAGAUUUAUGAGAAAGCAGUAUCAACGAUUUCGCACGUAAAUGAUGUGAUCGUCACGCAAGCAGUGAAUCUCCGCGAUUUCAGCUGGUACACCGCCAACCAGAUACUUGAUACGCAUUAUGGCACUGCGGCUGUAAAAGGUCUGGACAGCACAGCUGUCGUCGUUGAUCAACUCAUCGAUAAAUACUUCCCGGCGACGCGAGAAGAGAAAAUAUUAGAGAGAAUGGCGGAAGCGAAUAAAUCCAUCCCGAACUCCGCGGGUACUCCUCGCCUGGAGGUCAUAGAUCGUGUGAAGAACAUCCCGGUGGUCCACUCGGCCAUCGAGAAGACAGGAUCCACGUACUCCUACGUCAAGGAUUCCCAUCAUCUGGUCAACUGGGCACUAAGCUACGCCGAAGCCGGACUGAAUUAUGCGACCGCCACUGCGGCACCGAUCACAGCCCCCCUGGCCAAGAAAUUCGAAGGACAGAUCAGCGCUGUCGACCAGAAGCUCUGCGAAGGGCUGGACAUCGUUGAGCAAAAAGUACCGAUUGUGAAGGAGCCACCGCAGCAGAUAUACGAUGCUGCUAAGGCGGUUAUGAGUAGCAAAUUGCAGCCUACCAUCGAGAAAUUGAACUCAGCAAAGGACUCGGCCACGCAACAGGCAUCUACGCUGAAAGAAACCAGCAUAGCCAAGGCAAACGAGCUUCUGAACACACAAUACGGUAAUAUGGCCGUCCAGGGUGUUGACAAUACCAGUGUGCUCCUCACUCGCCUGUUGGACUAUUACUUCCCGCCAGUCGAGGGAGAAGAGAAUACGCCAGCUCCAGUCUCAGCGGAGGAGAACAAGGUGAUGCACGCGGUGCAGACAAUUGGCCAGCUGUCAACGAAAACCGCUAAUCGUGUGUACCAUUCGGUCGUCGCUCAGCUGAGAACGGUGAAGAAGGAAGACGUGGCGACAUAUAUAUCUAGUGUGGUGUCCAUCCUUCAUCUCGCACACUUCUUGAACCUUGGACAGAAAGCGGAGGAGGACGAACAGGCAGGCAGCCCGACAGAAAAGAAGGAUAAGCCUGAGAAGAAAUAAGCCUGAAAACAUUGAGAAUUCGCUUAACUCGUUUGGCUCGUUCAAUUUUUGAAUUGAAAAAUGUAUAAUUUAGCUGACUCGUUUGUCACACACUAUACACACUAUAGAAUUUUCAAAUAUUUACAGAAACGUGUAAAAUAUACGAAGACGAACUGAGAGAGCAGCGUAUCUUUACCUAAAAAUUUCACGUACAUACGUAAUGGCAUUAAUAUUUAUAAGAUAUUAUAAAUAUUAAUAGUUUCUCAAUAUGUUGAUUAUGAGUACGUCAUAUUAAAAAUAUAACGAUACGCCAGCACCG